UAGAAUUCUACCUGCUUAUGUUUAGCCUCAUUAUUUCAUUGUGAGUGGGUAAAAAUAUAGAUGAAAACAUAUCAAUGGUACACAAUCCUGAUGAAAAAUUACAUUAUUCUUUUUACUUCAGAGGAUUGUCUCUCCACAACUUUCUCUUCACUUUCUAUUACAAGAAGCAGUUUUCUCAGAUGUCAAUGUUGCAAAAGAACCAAACGAGUAUGCUCAUUUGAAUAAUUCUGGGACCUUUUCUGAUCACAAUUAGUAAAAACAUAGAGCUUUAUUAUAUAAGAUAUGCACAGCUGGUCUCUUGGUCUCUAGUUGACUUCCAAAGGUAUCUAUUAUUUGCGAUAUUCUUACGUGUCAGGUGCAGGUGGUGGGAAAUCUGGCCUCAGAAGGAACCAAACGCUUAACAUACAUUGCUCAUUAAGUUCACAUUAUAUGUCUCUGCCUGUGUUGAUCAAUUCCUACAAAAACCUCAAGACCACACCAAGACAUACACACAUUGAAGUCCAAUUUCUCACUAGCCGUCUGUCUGUCUGAAAGCUCACUGGCUGUGGAGUUUGUGAAUUAGGCACAGUUCAAACAUUUGACCUACUCAACUAAGUGAAUACUCAGUAAUUCAGUCAACUUAAUAAUGAUGUCCUGUUUGGCUCUACAGCAGGGCCACCUAUGAAAUGUGCUUCACCAAAGAGGCAGGCUGGAAAGGAUCUUUUAGAGGCUACAGCUAAAUGUUAUCCAUCACCACCACCAUCCUCAUCCUCCACUGCAGACCCAAAAAACCCAGUCAACUUUCAGCAGCAUCAGGUCCCAAUCACUUUGCCAAAAACUACCCUGACUUCAAGCACCACCAAGAACCUCAGCAUCAACAAAGGUAGGACAGUUUCUAUUAUAUAUGUGGAUGUCCAAAUAAAACAUAACUUAAUGGACACGUCUCUCUUCCCAAUCUCCACCCUCCAACCCCAACUAGACCAGACACCCGUGCUCGGCAACACAUGGAAGUUCACAGCAUGUGUUGCAGCCUCGACUCUGUGCAUCUUCAUGCUCAUCGUGGGUGCCAUCAAAGGUCCUUCCUGGUACAAGCUCUUCCACAACUACCGGCAUAAGCGACUGCAACAAGAAGAGGACGGCAGGGAGGACACUGUGUCGACCGUCUUCUCAGAGACAGGCAGACACGUGAGCCAUCAGACAUUCACCUUUAAACAAGACGACGGGCAGGUAGAGGAGGAGGAGGAGGAGGAUGGGUACUUUGAGGAUCCAUACAUCAAGAGAGAAGAGUGAAAUGCAGGUGAGGGGACUUCAGCAGAAAGACGAAGAAGCGCACAGCAGCUUCAGUGACGAGAAGUGGAGAUAAAAUCUAAAAACUAGGUGCACACUGGGUGGCGGUUAGAUUGUACAAACAGAGCCAAACAUCAGAUUAUAAUGUGUCUUCUAUAUGUACAGUUUGCAUUUCCUCAGGAGGAUAACCUGACAGCAAAUUGUUUAUUUUUUAAUUAUUUAUUUUCUAAGGGUCAAAAAAAUGUGUCCUGUGACUCUCUUUGAAUUUGUUGUAGUGUUUAGCGAUCUAGGAAUUCAAGCUAUGGCUACUAUUUGUCCUGAUUCUAUGUGACUCUGUAGCAUCACAUCAGCACCACAAAUAUGAAGUAAAAACUUCACUAUAAAAUUUAAGCUCUUGUUCACCUAAGAUCUGCAAUGAGGUUAUAUAUUCACAUCUAAUUUGCACCCAGCUUGUUUGCUGGCACUAGUUUGGAGAGCUGGUAACUAACUCCAAAGUGCAAGGUAAGAUGGUGCAAGCUUCUCUUGAUGGGGGUAACACAAGAGCUUAUGUGAGUUCUUCAGGUAAAAGGGAUAAAGAUGUGAUGCAGAAUGACCUAUUGUGUAAUACUAAAUUAGCGGUCAUUCAGACUGAGAAGAGUUGUUAAAACUGUGUUAAAACAAUGCAAGAGGCUGUGUUGAUGGGGCCCUAUUGUUUAAGGUACUGGUGACACAUGAAAUAUGAUCUGGGAAAUCCAGUUUGAGUAACAAAUCCAAGAGUCUGAAGACUUAACAGACGCUAAAAUGUUGAUUUUUAAUAUUCUGGAAUGGAGUAAUCAUCAAAAGAUGAGGCAGAUUUAAUUUUUUUUCUCAAUGACCCUAUGCUUUUUCUGCUGGUACCUUCUGUGUUGAUCCUGCGUUGAUUUACUGGCCUCAUUCAAAUGAAUAACAUGGACUGCUUAGUUUCUCUUCCUAUAGAGAAUGGGACCACUGAUGUAUUUUAUGCAAGUCUGUAUUAGUUUGUAUUUUUGACAUUGUGCAGCAUCAUUCACCUGGUGCCUAUAUACUAGGUUUACUUUUUAUUUGGCUACUUGGCCCUAAUGUUAUCUACAAAAAGCAGGGAUUCAUUCUUCUGCUGCAUUCGUGCUGUGCAUUGUAAUGUUUACUGCCUUUCCAAAGGUAUUUAUCUAUUAAUUAAGGUAUUUUCCAAAAAUUCGAAUUAAAAUUCUAAAAACAAAUUCAAGAUUGUUGUGUAAAUGUGUUAACUCAUGAAACAUACUAAAAUUACAGUUGUUCUCCAAAAUACAGUUGAAGUUCAUAAACAUGACCACGACUUAAAAUAAAUUCAACAAUUUUCUUACUUGACCACUGGCCUUGCUACUGUCACUAAAAGCUUUCUUUACAUGAAUGUACGCUUUUCUUCUCCAAUGCUUUCCUCCAUUCAAACAUUCAUUCAAACAGUGAACACUGGCUAUUUCGGCAGGAAAAUCCAAGUAAUUUAUAUACAUUUUUGAGAAAAGGCAACAAUUUAUAUAAGUAAAUAUAAGAUAAUUUCUCAGCAUAAAUCUCUGUGGGAGAAAAUGCACUAUAAUGAUCAUAAUUUAAACCUCCACCAUGU